AUGCCCAACGACGAUAGUAACAGCAGUAAACCAGUGGCCGUUUCGACACUAUUCGUCGGCAAUUUACCGAGAAAUGCAACCAGCAAACAGUUGGAAGAGUUCUUUAGCGACAUUGGCCCGAUCCGUAAUUGCUUUGUGGUCGCCGAUCGCAGCAAAGGCAAAGUCAAAGAAGACGAUCCCCAGUUCCAAAACAAAGGUGUCGGCUAUGUCCAUUUUGCUGUCACCGAUGAUGCUCAACAAGCUAUGGAAAAGUUGAAGAAUGCAAAGUUUUUGGGUCGUCGUCUCAAGUUGGACUAUGCACAACGCAAGUCAGCACUAGGCGAGAAGCGACAAAAGCCAUCCUCAGCACUUGCAAUCCCUGAAGAACCCAACAAAAAAGCACGCACACGAGCAGCACGUCUUAUCGUACGCAAUUUGCCUUGGAAGUACAACGAAGACGAUUUGCGUCGUAUCUUUUCAGAGCAUGGUCAAGUAGAGGAUGUUUCUCUACCACGCAAAUUCCCUGGUGGUCCUUUACGUGGUUUCGGCUUCGUUCAAUUUGGCAAGGUCAAGGAUGCUGAAACGGCUAUGGCAAAGCUCAAUGCAACACAACAUCACGGUCGUAUGAUUGCUGUCGAUUGGUCAUUAUCAAAGGAUCGUUAUCAGAAGGCUGAGAAUCACCAAGAUGAAGAACAAGUGGAUAAGGAUGAGAAGGAUGAGAAGGAUGAGAAGGACGAGGAUAGCAGCAGCAGCAGCAGCAGCAGCAGCAGCAGCAGCGACGACGAUUCUAGUGAUAACGAGGAUGAAUCUGAAUCAGAAUCAGAGGCUGAGGAUGCCGAAGUUGAAGCUGGUGUUGAGCAACAGGAAGAGGAAGACGAUGAGGAAGAAGAUGACGAUGAAGAUGAAGAUAAGGAUGAGGAUGAGGACGAGGAAGAUGAAGAUGAAGAUGAAGAUGAAGAUGAGGAAGAAGAUGAUGAAGAAGAAGAUAUCGAACCCAUGGACGUUGACGAUUCGACCGAGACGGAUCAAGAUGCGAAAAAGACAGCCAGCAAGGAGCAUACUUUACCAGCAGCAUCCGAGGGUAAAACGCUCUUUAUUCGUAACCUCUUGUUUGAGUCAACAGAGGAGAGUCUCAAGGAAAUUUUCAAGCAAUGGGGACCUGUCAUUUAUGCACGAAUCACACGCAACAAAGUCAGCGGCUUGUCACGUGGCACUGGAUUUGUUUGCAUGAAGAACAAGGCUGAUGCUGACAAGUGUCUUGAAGAGUACAAUCGAUUCAAGAACAGCGCUAUUCGAGACGAUGAUGAGGCAGCAAACGAUUCCGAAAUGCUCAUGACCAAUCGUGAAAAGAAGAAAAAGGGUCUCGUGUUUGACAGUAUAUUGACCCCUGAUGCUGGAUCAGGCAGUGGUCUGAAAUUCACCUUGGAUGGACGUGUAUUGGAUAUCACUCGAGCUGUGGAACGAAAGGAUGCAAACAAGUUGACCGAAGAAAAGGAGAAUUUGAGAAAGAAGGAAGAUAAACGCAACCUGUACUUGAUGCAUGAAGGUGUCGUUUUUCCUGGUACACCGGCUGCAGAGUCCAUGAGCGAAGCCGAACUCCAAAAACGACAAUUGGCCUUUGCUACUCGUAAACGAUUAAUGAGCCGUGACCCUGCAUUGUUUAUCUCCAAAACACGUCUUUCGGUGCGCAAUCUCCCCAUCAGCGUUGACGACUCUGAUCUCAAGAAGCUUGGUCAUUCUGCUGUUCAAAAGUUCAAAGAGCAAGUCAAGCGUAAUCUUCGAUCGGAUUUGACAAAGGAAGAAAAAGAAGAGGGUUGGCAAUAUUUACCAAAGGUCAAACAAGCAAAGAUUGUACGAAGCAAAGAUCGUGUCGAUUCCCAAACAUCAAAACUUCGAAGCAAGGGCUAUGGUUUCUUGGAAUUCACUACACAUGCACACGCACUUGCAGCUCUACGAUACCUUAAUAAUAAUCCCGAGAUCUUCAAGGGCAAGCGUCUGAUCAUUGAAUUCUCGCUCGAAAACAAGGAUGUUGUUGAAAGACGCAAAAACCGUGGCAAGGCUAGCGAUAGCAACAACGUCAAGAUCAACAGCAAGAGACAAUUUGCUCAAUCUGAACGUGGAUCAAAAUCGGGUGGACCCAACAAGAAGACCUUCAACAAGAAAAAGGAUGCUCCAGGUGGCAAAAAGUUUGCUGGCAAGCCUCCUGCUGGUAGACCCAAGAAGAACUUCAACAAGAAACCUGCUCCCAAGCGUAAUUAA